CUUUCUGUUUGUUGGCAGUGUAACGGCAUUUAUUUUCACUUUUGGCUCGGUUGUUUUGGGGUUAGCACGCUGGCACACACUAAGACCGACAGACCGCCGUUGACUUUGGACGUAUCCCCCAUUACUAAAUCAAACUUUAAAAACUCGAAUAAAAGUCGGGCAGUGAUACUAUAACUUGGCUUUAGUUACUGUUUGAUAGCAAGUGGCCUAGUGUCAAAAGGACGGUUUUGUUAUUAUAUUCCAAUACUGUAUUUCGUUAUGAAUAUAGAAAUGGACAGGCGUGUAAAUUCGUGCUUCGGGGCUUUGUGCAUGCACGUAACAAUUUGUAAAAGAGUACUGUGACUUAAAUAGUAUUUAAUUUGAACUGGAUGACUUAUUCUGUUUUGCAACUUAGAAACGUGUUUGUGGACAUUUAAGAAAUUAAAUAUAUAGCCUGUCUUUGGGUUGUCAGUAAGCAGGGCAAAAGUCAUGUGGAAAAUAUUACAUAAACUUAGGCUCAAUAUCAGUUGUAAGUCACAAGUGUACCAUUAGAGUUUGUGAGUAGUGAUAGCAGGCUUUGACUACUGUGCACAUGUAACACUUUCUUUUACUAAUUUUCUGCAGUAAAAAGCAUAUCACAACUUUUUUCAGCAUGGUUAACACUGCUGGUGCAGUUUACUGCUUUUUUGUAAACCACAGAUACUGAAUGUCCCCCCACUGUGCAGUCAGGAACAAAAAAACAGUAUAAAAGCUGACAGUGUUGGUCUGCAACUAGUUUAAGCGGAGUUAAUGGCAUAAAAACAUGAUUUGUUUAAUGCUGAUCUGGCCAUAGUUUCGUAGAGCAUGUGACACCUACUGCAGUCAGCCUCUGUGUGUGCAGUGUUUUACCAAGCCAGAUGCAGCUGGACGUUGCAACUCUGGCUCAUAAAAAGGAUGAAUAUUUUGCUGUGCCCUGUCACCCUGUUUGACUUGUUUGGAAGCCCACCCUCACGUCCGUGUGUUGGCGCACUGUACCGUGCACAGGGAGUGGUCUGGCCCACUGGACUUUGAUCACAUCAGACUGCAGGAAUUAUAACCCUGCUCUUAAAUCAAGCGGGCGGGGCCACAAUGCCAGUAGAGAGGAUGAGGAUGCGGCCGUGGCUUGAGGAACAAAUCAACUCCUGUCAAAUACCAGGACUCAAAUGGGUUAACAAAGAAAAGAGAAUCUUCCAGAUCCCGUGGAUGCAUGCUGCACGUCAUGGCUGGGACCUGGAGAAGGAUGCUCCGCUCUUCAUGAGAUGGGCCAUACAUACCGGUAAAUACCAGCCAGGUAUAGAUCGUCCGGAUCCAAAGACAUGGAAGGCUAAUUUCCGCUGUGCCAUGAACAGUCUGCCAGACAUCGAAGAGGUGAAGGAUAAAAGCAUCAAAAAGGGAACUAACGCCUUUAGGGUUUAUAAGAUGCUCUCCUCCUCAGAGAGAAACUUGAAGAAAGGAAAGAAGAAGACGGACAAGGAGGGGAGAUCCAAGGUAAAUAAAGAGCAGGGAGCCUGUCCAUCUGCAGACAGGACUCUUCUAGAAGCUCAUGCUGGACCUGCUGACUAUACCAAACAGGAUGUGAUCAAGCAGGAAGCAGCAGAACACACAGUGACACACAGUCCUUCAGCCAUUCACAGUUCCAUAGAAGACCAUGUGAUAACCAGCGAGCAGCUGCCAUUUGUCUGUCAGACAAUUGAGGUGACCACUGAGAAUGAAGAGCAGACCGUGAGCUCCUCCCACUCAUACCCGCUCCAAAUCUCUCCUGUGUCUUCAUGCUGCGGCAGUGACACAGACAGUGACACAGAAGAUGCCAAGCAGGGCGUCAGCACAGUCUGGAGGCAGGGAUGCAACACAACAGUUCUCAGGCUUCCCACAUGUUCUCUACCCGGCAUGGCCACUUUCGUCAGUGCAAACAAGCCCAACUUCAGGGUGACCAGCACACGAGACCCAGCCCCCCUCAUCAGCUACCACACUGAUGGCUGGACGCCGGCCUACAGCCAGAACUCUGUCUUGUCUCAGGCAAGCAGCCACGCCCAUGAGAUGCGUGCAAGUGUCAUUAUGAAAACCUCUGAUGUCACUUCCUCCUGACCCCAGAUGAGGGAAUAUCAUCAUUGCCUCUAAGACAUAGGAAUGACAGAAAAUGUUGCUUUUCUCCAUCAGGGCCAUGUGGGGCCUAAAAGGACAAAUGUCCGAAGGGUUUUGCUGUCGCUUCUUUCUGGGCCUUGAUUUGCCUCAGUUUUCCCUUUAAUUGGGAAAACUGCCAGUUGAUGUUAAUGGAAAUCACUAUGGCUUGGCUUGCCUAACAAUUGGUGAGCUUGUAAGCUCAGUUUGUAUCGUUGUGAGGGUCUGCGUGAUGUGAAUGCCAUAUUCCAAUGUCUGCAAGGGUUCAGAGACAGUGUGCAACUUGAAAUUCCUGACCAUGUGGAACGUACUUGCUGACAAACAUGUCGGCAGACAUGGUAUAAAUGGGGUCCUGUGCUCAUCCAUUGUUUUUUCCACAUCCAUUUUGGACUGUAUCUGGCCCUAAACACUUUAAUCAUCCAUGUGUCACUGUGAGAUCAUUUUUUCUGCUAUUUUGUGCUAACACUUUAACAUAGACUAUGCUGAGUGAUAGAAAUUCACCACUUUUAUCAAACAAAAGAAGAUUUUAGUUUUGGAAAGAUUUUUUUUUCUUUUAGCCAGGUUUGAAAAUGCAUUCACUUAUUUAUCUACUGUCUUGUGAUUUUAAGAUGUCUCAAAUCACCUCAAAUUUUUCUUGUGUGAAAUAGCCCCUAGUAGUUGUUUUUAUGUCAAACAUUUUUUAAAUUAACACAAUAUAGCAAAAACUAGUCAUGUCAUGUAAAAUGACUCCCAAGUAUUUGAACUCCUUAUGUUUUAUCUCAAAAUGGUGUAAGAUCAAGUGUUACCAUGAAGCCUUGUAUAAAAUGCUUUUACUUGGGAGACAUUGAUGGAACCAAGACUGUGAAUUCAUAGAAACAGUUUGUGUUCACAACAGAACAAUGAGUAUAAAAUGUUCUGAGGAAAUGACAUCUGUAUGGCAGACCGGUGUUACCAGCAGCAAGAUACUAAACCAAACACAGAUAUAUUGUUAUCAUGAUAAACACUGACAAUCAUUACCCAGCCCUGAUUUGCCCUGCAGUGAAAAGCAGACGUGUGUGUGUGUGUGUGUGUGUGUGUAUAUCUAUCUAUCUGUCUGUCUGAAGACCUCAGGACAAUAUAACCACCAACACAGACAGAUGAACUGACAAGACUGUGAAAAGUAUAUUCAUGUCUCCUCCUCUCUCCUACUUCCUGGCAUCAAUAAUGUACAUAGCACUUAUGUAUGUAUGGCUGCAAGUCGCUUCAGCACCUUAUGGACAGCACUGAUGUGUGUGUUUGUGAGAGGUGAUAUGUGGCUGGACUCAAACUCUCUGUGCUUUAGCCUGCUAGUGACACACACAGGCAGCUAGUGGGAACUGUAGGCUUAUGUGAUUUGGGACAAAAUAGUCUUGUGAUCACAGAGAAAUGAAGAAGUGGUUAACGUUUGCUAUAUAUAAAGGGAUAGAGAGU